CCCCCGCGCCACUCACUCGGCGGGAGACGCCCGUGGUGCUUCUGCGUACGGGACUCGAAAGCUUUUUGAGACACGCGUUAACUGGUUAACUUGUUUGGUGUAGUUGACGUUUGGUGUGAAGGGAAGGGAGAGGAAGGAGGGGUUUGUGUGACGGAGAUAAAAAAAGUUAACUUUUGUCAGUUUCGUUAAGUGUAAGUCGAAGAGACAGGCCCCCGAGUUGUUUCGUUUUUUGUUAUAAUUACAACUUUUGGCUGACGUCAGUGUUGGAGUGCGUGGGGGAGAGGACACGUACUCGAGUUGCGUGUUUCACCAGCGACUUCGGUUGGGUUCGACACUUAGAGCCAGUCGCAGCCUAUCGAGCAACCCCCCCCCCCCUCCAAACUUGAACGUCUCGUCUUCAACACCGGGGACUUCAACUUAUAGCCGAGGAGCCGAGGAGGGAACGGAGCAGAGGAGUCCUCCCCAUCUGACCCACCUCGUCCACCACCUGUGUCGUCCAGAACCACGCGGGGAUCAGCGGGUGGCGGUGUCACCACCCCACCUCCCCCCCAGUGCAUGAACUCCAGGAUGGAAGCGACCUUCUACCACGAUGACGCUCUGAACGUGGUGGCCCCUCACGCCGACUCCACCCGCUCCCUGCACUCCUCCUUCUCGUCCUCAUCCUCCUCCUCGUCGUCGUCGACAUCACCGUCGACCUUCUCCUAUGGCUACCGCUCGGCGAGCGCAAUGAAAAAGAGCCUCUCCCUCAACCUCUCGGACCCGGCCAGGGCCCUCAAGCCUCAUCUGCGAGCCCCGGGGAGCGGCGGGGAGACCGCGACGGCCGCUGCUGCUGCUGCGGCUGCUGCUGCGGCGGCUUCAUCCAGCAGUGGAGGAGCCGGAGGCCUCCUGAAGCUCGCCUCGCCCGAGUUGGAGAGGCUCAUCAUCCACUCGAGCAACGGCCUGGUGACCACCACGCCGACGCCCACGCAGUUCCUGUGUCCGCGCAACGUGACGGACGAGCAGGAGGGCUUCGCCGACGGCUUCGUGAAGGCUCUGGAGGAGCUGCACAAGCAGAACCAGCUGCAGGGCAUCCCCUCGAGCGGAGCUGCUGGGACGGGAGCGACCGCCGCCUCCGUCACGGUCGCCGCCGCCGCCGCUGCCGCCGCCGCCGCGGCCGCCGUGGCCGGAGCCGGCGCCCCACUGAGCCCGGCCACGGCGCUCCAAAUCGGGGCCAUGGCCGCAAACUUUGGCAUGGAGGCGCCCGUCUACACGAACCUGACCAGCUACCACCAGCACCACCACCAUCACCACCACCACCAGCAUCAGCAGGGAGGCGGUGGAGGAGGAGGAGGCUCGGCCAUCGGUGGUGGUGGUGGUGGCGUGCAGCCGCCGGCCACGUACCCCGGUGGUCCACCCUCGGGCUACCAACCUCGGCUGUCUCUGCAGCAGCAGCAACAGCAGCAGCACCCACGCCUGCAAGCUCUCAAAGAAGAGCCGCAGACGGUGCCUGAACUUGGCAGCAGCAGCUGCUUGACCAUCGGCGGUGGCAGCAGCGGCGGCGGUGGCGGCAGCUCGGUGGGCACUGCGAGCGCGUCGCCUCCGCUGUCGCCCAUCGACAUGGAGUCGCAGGAGCGCAUCAAGGCGGAGCGCAAGCGACUGCGCAACCGCAUCGCGGCCUCCAAGUGCCGCAAGCGCAAACUGGAGCGCAUCGCCCGCCUCGAGGAUCGCGUCAAGGGCCUCAAGACGCAGAACGCCGAGUUGGCGGCGUCCGCCGGCGCCCUGAGAGAGCAGGUGGCGCGGCUCAAGCAGAAGGUGAUGAAGCACGUGCACGGCGGCUGCCAGCUCAUGCUCACGCAGCAGAUGCAGCACGGAUUCUGAGCUCGCGUGCGGCUUGGCUGCCGACGAUCUGUGCGUGCCACCGCGCAACGGGAACGACGGGCUCUUGACGGACGGACCAGACCUCAUGUUGGUGAGGACACGCGCGCACAGACGACACGCGUGUGUGCGCGCGUGUGUCGGGGUUGCUGCCACAGCAGCCGCAGCAGCUGAAUCAUCACGGGACCCGUGGUGGACUACUUGAAGCCAUCUCAGAGCGCCGUGUGUCCGCUAAACCGCGCGCCAAGUAUUGGCGUGGCCAGCUGCUGCGCCUCGCCAGUCGCGACGGACACGCCGCUGGACUGACUGUGUGUGUACUGCACGCCGGUAUACUGACUGUGUGUGUGUGUACCACACGCCUGCAGAAGACGCGUCGAGCACGAUGCUGUUACUGCCCACUCACUGAUGCACUGUUUGUGGUGUACGUACUCAGCCCGGCUCAUCUCCGGUGUUAACAACCGAGUGAGUUUGUGCGAAAUCGGCAGUGCUUGAACUAUGGAGAGACUUGCCCCUGCCAUAGGACCGUGGACUUUCCACCAAUGCCUCGGCGCUACGAGUGGAGAAUGGAACGCCUUGCGAUGUUUUUUUUAGGAGGGAGAAGCGUUUGCCUUUUUAACUUUUACGCACUGCUAUCGGCGAGGUCGAAAUGGGAUGUCUUAAAGCAAUGGGCCUGACCGUGGGUUAUACUGAGUUGUGUAGCGCAGCGAACGUGUAACAGAACUUUAUACAUGCUCGUUAAGUGUACUACAUUGAGGGUCAUAUGUACUAUACAGUAUAUACAGUACUGUAUCUGAGUUAAACCUCAGUAGGGAAGUUCAGGUUGAAAUUUCAAUCGGGGCUCUCUCCAAACUUUGUCAUACAUUUUUAAAUGAACUGGCUCCCGCCAUAGUAAUGUGGAAGUUCCAACAUCCAUUUUUAAAUGAACUGGCUCCCGCCAUAGUAAUGUGGAAGUUCCAACAGCUGGCUUGGUGAGAGCAUUAGGCACUCACCGUCGCCUUUGUGCUGUGUACAGUAUAUGGCGUGUCUUUAAACAGCACCUUGGCUAAUAAAGUUCUGCGAGUAUUCGCGUCAUCUGUAAAGCAACUUAAUAUACCAUGUACUGCAUUGCUGAUCCCUCUGGUCCAGAUUGCAGUGAUAAUACAGUACUGUAUAGAGUAUAUACUCUAUCUAAUACCAUACCAAGUGCGGUCAGUGUCUCGAAUGUGUCUGUCUUUCUAAAGUGCGGUCGUGAAUUGAUGUGGCCGCUCUUGGACAUCACUCGGCCACAGUGAACGUUUGUAAAUGUUACCAUUAUUUUUUUUUCCCUCUAACGUGUAACAGAAUGUAUGAGUGUGGGGUUUUUUUUGUUUGCGUUUGUCAUGGCUACUAUUUUGUUUGUACUUGCGUCAGUUUUUGUGACGCCAAAAAAAGCCUGCCCGGGACUCGCGUCGUCCAUGACAUCUUUCGCGUGCGUCGUUUCACUUUAUAUUUUAAAAAAAAAGAGGGGGGGCAAACAAGAAGACAAGAAACUUCCCGGUCGUGGUCGUACUAGUAAAAACAAAUACACCAUUCGCCCAUAUUUCCCGAUGCCUUUGUCAAGACGUUGUCGCUAGAAACUUCGACCAGAGUUCGAAGCCAAAGGGACGACUCUACCCCUUCCUGUUUUAAGUUAAAACUAGCGCACACCUUUCGCCCAAACAGAUUUGGUGUCGACAGAAUAUCGCUUUUGUAGGCAUAAAUCAUGCUGGACUGUUAACAAAAAGACCAAAUAUGUUUUUUGCUUGUCCAAUCUUGAGUUUGUGACGUCUAUCUGAAAGUGGAAUUUAUUCAGAAAAAAAAGUCACAGAAGUGAUUUUUUUAAGUUUGAAACUUGAAAUCUUUUGAGCUUGGGGAAAGUCUUUUUGUACACUGAUAAAGCCUUAUUUUGUAAAUUAAACUAAAUAGCUCUUGACUAAAACAAGUCAGUAUUACCAUAGCUUUUAGACUUCUUUUGAAAAAAACUAGUAUUGCGUGUAGAACUGGUGUACAAAGUGUUAAAAUGUCUUAAACGUAUCCUGAAACCAAAGCCUAUAGUAUAAAUAUGCAAAUGUAAUUUGGUGAGGCUUUUUUGUAAGUUAUUUUUUUUCCAUUUUAUUUGGCACGUGUAACACAUUGAUUGGGUUUGACCCAGCUCCUAGCGCUUGUGUUUAACAUGGUUUUAUUCAUUCCGAACGUGACUGUGUGACGAUUAGUUCUACACGCUUUCAAAGCGCUUCAACACUUUGUAAGGAUAUUUAUUAAAACGCAAUAAAGUAAACGAGAGACUUGCAGAACUGGAUAUUGUGCUUUUGUUACAAGUACCAAGUUUACUGUCUGGGCGGGGUGAUGCUGUGGCCUGUUUACAGGGGUCAACUUAUCUCAUCAUUCCUGUGGACAAUAAAAUGAGAGUCGCCGUGGAAAGACAGUGGUG